UGCGGGGCGGUGACGGGUCGCACCGGCCAGCGCCAUCUUAGCUGAGGGCAGCUUCGGCUUCAGCCCGGCAGAGAGCACCGGGAGGCGGCCGCCAGCUUGACUGAGGGCACUGAGGAGAGGGUGAAAAAAAAAAAAAUCACUCCAAACACCCAAGAGCGGCUUUAAACCCGCAGCGGCUCCCGCGAGAGGCGGGACGGCGUGAGGGAGAGCUGUCGGCUCGCAGCGGGGUUUGCACGGCGGCAGGUCCCGUGAGCGGCGGGGGGCUGCCGGGCACCCUCCGGGGCCAUGGGGAGGAUCGGGCUGCAGCUCCGCGCCACGCUGGAGAACAUCACCCGCCUGCGGGCCGAGGGAGAGGACUUCCGCUGGUACCUCAAGCUGAAAUGUGGGAACUGUGGAGAAGUUUCUGAAAAAUGGCAGUACCUGCGAUUGAUGGACAGCGCUCCCCUGAAAGGAGGCAGAGGAAGUGCCACUAUGGUGCAGAAAUGCAAGCUGUGCUCCAGGGAGAACUCCAUUGAUAUUUUAAGUCAGACGAUCAAACCUUACAAUGCUGAAGACAGUGAGAAAUUCAAGACAAUAGUGGAGUUUGAAUGCCGAGGUCUGGAACCAGUUGACUUUCAGCCACAGGCAGGGUUUGCUGCUGAAGGUGCAGAGUCCGGUACACCUUUUAAUGACAUAAACUUGUUAGAAAAGGAUUGGAAUGACUAUGAUGAAAAAACAAAGGAAUCUGUUGGAAUCUAUGAAGUUACCCAUAAAUUUGUGAAAUGCUAACGUCCAUUCCCCUCAUAAACCUUGGUAUGCUUAUUGAUGAGGGAACUGUAACCAUCAGAGACAGUUUCCUUGGAGUUACUUUUCACAUGGCUGUACUUCAGAAAUGUAAACUUCAGUAAGUUGUUCUUACUGUCCUCGGAACAUCUAAUAAAAGAUUUUUCACAGAGCA